AUGUUCGUCAGCUUACAAGAACACCAACACGGCAUGGACCGGCUGCCGCCGCCCAUGAGCUACAGCCAGGGCCGCAACGACGAGGUGCCCAGAGUGCUUCCCAGCCUCUCAUCAUUCACCUUUGACGACAGGAUGGAUGUGGAUGCCCUCAGUAACAGCAUCAGCAGCAGCAGCAACGACCCAAAGCCCGGUAAACGUCACGAAGUGGAAGUGGCAACGACGCUCGCCUCCAUGGCCUCCUUCAACAUCAAGUCGCCGACUCUCCCUUCACCCACUCAGAGCUUCACCUCGAUCAAGUCAGACGACCUCCCUUCCGUCAGCACCCGGCUCUCCUUCUCCAAGGACGGCGGCAGUGGUACAGCACCCAUCAUCACGCUCCCGCGCCUGCGUGAGCUGGACCUCCGGCCCCUCGAGCCCGAGUUCAUCCCUAGCCCGGGCUUCCUUCCCCCGUCCUCCUCCUCUUCCAUCUCAGGGGCAGGCCCGCGGCGGAGCAGCAUCGACUCCAUCGGCACCUCGUCCUUCGCGGAACCCAGGCUCGACCUCUCCUCGCCACCGGCCUACCGAAUCCCAAUGCCCCCAAUGGCCUACCCGGACGCCCUCCCCUCCCCGACACUGAGCGCCUCCCACCACCACCAUCACCACUCUCACUCCCACCACUCCCACCCCCUCACUUCGCCCCGCCGCCUCCAGCACAGGCUACCGGUAACCGCCCUCCGCACCUCCAACGGUGCCUGCAGCCCCUCCCGCCGGCCGCGCCGCUCGCCCACGGGGUCCCGGUGCAACGUGAAGUACACGAUCCAGCAGGUCGACUUCAUCGACUACUUCCGCGUCGACCAUCACCUCUCGUGGAAGGAGGUCGAGGCCAAGUACGCCGCCGUGUUCCCCGAAGACGCCGCAAAGGGCCACAAGCGCGGCCCGCAGGGGCUGCAGGGCGUCUACUACCGCAAGAACAAGCAGAUCCCCGCCACGGACCCCAACAACCUGCUCGUGUUUGACGAGGACGACAACCCCAAGACGUUCCAGUGCGACGUCCGCGAGCAGGGCAAGAAGAUGAACAACUCGAUCGGGCUGCUGGGCAUGCACCCUGAGCGCGCCAUCACCUACUCGUGGGUUUCAGAGGAGCACAAGCGGCAGUACGAGAAGCUCGGUCGUGCAAGACAAGCCCAGCUCGACGCCGCCGAGGCACGGAAAAAGAGGAGACGAGCCAUCCAGAACAGUCGUCUCUGA